UAGCAUAAUUCUCUCCAUAAUAACUUUCUCUUCUUCUUCCUCCUCUUCUCUGGUUUCAAGUUUCAAUUUUGUUUUCUGAUCUAUCUAGAUUUGAUAUAGGGAAAAUGGGUUCCCUUGUCAUAACAAAUGAUCAGAAGCCUCAUGCAGUGUGCAUCCCAUACCCAGCUCAAGGCCACAUAAAUCCGAUGCUAAAAUUCGCAAAACUCCUUCACUCCAAAGGCUUUCACAUAACCUUUGUCAACACAGAAUUCAACCACAAACGCCUCUUGAAGUCGCGAGGUCCAAACUCUCUUGACGGCCUUCCUUCCUUUCGGUUUCUGACCAUUCCGGACGGUCUUCCUUCGACCGAUGUGGAUGCCACCCAAGACAUUCCAUCACUCUGUGCCUCCACCAGCAAGUACUGCCUCCAACCCUUUAGAAGGUUGCUUGCGAGGCUUAAUGAGGCGGAGGGUGUUCCUCCGGUGAGUUGUGUUGUUUCUGAUGGGGUGAUGAGUUUCACUCUUGAUGCGGCGGCGGAGCUCGGUGUUCCUGAAGUGCUUCUCUGGACUACUAGUGCUUGCGGCUUCAUGGCUUACCUUCAUUAUCGCGACCUCAUUCAAAAGGGUCUAGUACCACUCAAAGAUCCGAAAGACUUGACAAAUGGGUACUUGGAUACUCCGAUAGAUUGGAUUCCGGGCAUGAAGAAUAUCCGAUUGAAAGAUAUUCCAAGUUUUAUAAGAACAACUGACCCUGAAGACACAAUGUUGAACUUCGUAAUCUCCGAGACAGAGAGAGUCCAGAGAGCCUCUGCAGUAAUUUUGAACACUUUUGACGCCUUAGAACAUGAAGUUAUCGAAGCCAUGUCCACAAUCAUUCCCCCUGUUUACCCAAUUGGUCCACUACAGUUUCUCCAAAAUCAGAUCCAAGACAGUGAACUAGAAGCAAUGGGAUCAAACCUGUGGAAGGAAGAACCAGAGUGUCUCAAAUGGCUAGACAGCCAAGACCCCAGAUCGGUUGUUUAUGUCAAUUUCGGGAGCAUCGCAGUCAUGACAGGUGAUCAACUGAUCGAAUUCGCUUGGGGUCUUGCGAAUUCCAAGCAAAACUUUUUGUGGGUCAUAAGGCCUGAUCUUGUCUCCGGUGACUCUGCAAUUCUGCCAACGGAGUUCAUAACAGAGACUAAAAACAGAGGAGUAUUGUCAAGCUGGUGCCCACAAGAGCAAGUGUUGGGACAUCCAAGUGUUGGUGGGUUUUUGACUCACAGUGGGUGGAAUUCUACACUUGAAAGUGUGUGUGGAGGAGUGCCUAUGGUUUGUUGGCCUUUCUUUGCAGAGCAACAGACGAAUUGCAGGUAUUGUUGCACAGAAUGGGGGAUUGGGAUGGAGAUUAAUAGUGAUGUUAAAAGAGAUGAAGUUGAGAGCCUUGUGAGAGAGUUGAUGGAGGGAGAGAAGGGAAAGGAAAUGAGGGAGAAAGCUUUGGUGUGGAAGGAAAUGGCAGAGGAGGCUACUGCUGGUUCAAGUGGGUCUUCCUAUGUGAAUUUGGACAAUGUGAUCAACCAGGUUCUUCUGUCUACUUGAGAAUAGUUAGAUUAGAUUUCUGACUCUAUUGUGUGUGUCAUGUUGUUUCUGAAGUCAAAUACCUGGAAAGUUGGCCACCAUAUCUACAGCUUUUGUUUUUGGGUAAGUCACCAUGUUUACAGCAUGUGAUGUACGGCGGGUUUGUGCUUCGUAUUGUUAGGGCAAAUGCAAUAAGAAACAAUUUAGUGGGCCAACAUUUUUGUUGGCCCGGUCUCACCUCUA